AUGAAUGUAUGUGAAAUUUACAGUUCCAGGCCUGUGUCUUCUCCUCCAGCUUCGGAUCCAACACCUGUUGUGAAUGCCACGAUCGGGGAUGUAUACGAUCAAGUAAUUUGGAAGGUACAAUUCAACAUCUUCUUGAUAUGGGAGGAGGAAACUGGGAUAGGGAUACAGUUGUUCGUGCUCUUCGUGUUGCUUUCAAUAAUCAAGAAAAAGUUGUUAAAUAUCUCUAUUGUAGCCAGUAGAACUCCCGCCAGCGGCAGGAGUUUCACCACUGCCAAGUCUGCAGGCUGCCCAGCCCCGCCAACUACAGUUGUACCUCCAAGUGGACCAAAUUCAAACCCUUUGGAUCUCUUCCCUCAGGGACUUCCUGACAUGGGCACAAAUGCUCCUGUUGGUGUUGCUGGCAACUUGGAUUUUCUACGUAACAGUCCACAUGAAUGUUUUGAUUCAAAACAAUUUCAAGAUCAUCAUUCAGUUGAGGAAAGUUGGGAUGCUGGAUUUAACGAUGAUUGGAACAUUGGGAUGCUUGAAGAGUUGAAGGUAGAAGAUAGUGAGGGUAUUAUUGGUUCACAAUCACAUGUUGAAAAAAGUUUAGAUAAGUUGAAUGCUAGAAACCAAAUUCUUCGUGACCAAUUUGGGAUUGAUAUUGAAGCUAAGGGACGUGAUGAAGGGUUUUAG